AUGGACCGCUUCAACCGCAUGCUCGCCGCCGCCCAAAUCGGCCAGCAAAGUGGCGGCGACACCAACCUCGUUGACAACUCCGAAACCGUCUACAUCUCCUCCCUCGCUCUGUUAAAAAUGCUCCGCCACGGCCGUGCCGGUGUACCCAUGGAAGUCAUGGGUCUGAUGCUGGGCGAGUUUGUAGACGACUUCACCGUCCGCGUCGUCGACGUGUUCGCUAUGCCUCAAUCAGGAACGUCCGUCAGUGUCGAGUCUGUCGACCCGGUGUUUCAGACGAAGAUGAUGGACAUGUUGCGCCAAACAGGUCGGCUUGAGACGGUGGUGGGAUGGUACCACUCGCAUCCUGGGUUUGGCUGUUGGCUUUCAAGCGUGGAUAUCAACACACAACAGUCCUUCGAACAACUGACACCUCGCGCCGUCGCCGUGGUGGUCGACCCCAUCCAGUCCGUCAAGGGCAAGGUCGUGAUCGAUGCCUUCCGCCUUAUCAACCCGCAGGCUAUCAUGAUGGGUCAGGAACCGCGACAGACGACUUCCAACCUCGGCCACUUGAACAAACCCUCGAUCCAAGCACUCAUCCACGGUCUAAACAGACACUACUACUCGAUUGGCAUUCAGUACCGCAAGACGGGGCUUGAGGAAAACAUGCUCAUGAAUCUACACAAGGAAGUCUGGACCGAAGGGCUGGAGCUCCCCACGUCAUUCAGCAACGAGCGCAAGAGGAACGAAGAGGGCUUGCAACAAUUGGUGCAUCUAGCAGAGGGUUACGAACGACGGGUACGGGAAGAAAACGAGCUGACGCCCGAGCAGUUGAAGACGAGAUACGUGGGCAAAGUGGAUCCGAAGAAACACAUCGAGGAUGUCGGCCAGAGGUUGAUCGAGGACAACAUCGUGGCUGUCAGUCGGCAAAUGAUCGACAAGGAGGCAAGCGUGGCUAAGAGGCCGAUGCAAGCUAACGGCAAUGGAACGCACAUGCAUGGCGAAAACGAGGAGAUGGAAGUUGACGAGGACCUGUAG